AUGGAGAAAACAGAUACUCAGCAUCAACACGUCGAAAGCGGACUGACUCCGGGUCCAGAGACCAAGACCAAUGAGUUCUAUGAGGAUCGCCUGGCGCAUCUGUCGGAGGAGCAUCGCCAGUAUCUCCUGGCCCGGCAUGGAACCCUGGACCUGGAUCCCAUCCCGGACAUGAACGAUGCUGAUCCGUACAAUUGGCCCCGGUGGAAGAAACAUAUCAACCUCAGCCUAGUCGCCUUCCACGCUAUGAUCGCCACAUUCACCGCCGCCUCGAUCCAAUGCGCGUUUCUCAAUAUCUCUAAAGACCUGCACCAAAGCAUGCAGCGUACCAGCUACCUGACCUCCCUGUUCAUCGCAGUCCUCGGUGGCGCGCCCUUGUUCUGGCGUCCGCUGUGCAACCGAUUCGGUCGUCGGCCGAUCUUUCUGCUCUCGCUGAUCUGUAGUCUGGUUGGGAAUAUCGGGUGUGCGAAGAGCCCGACGUACGGGACCAUGGGUCUCUGCCGUGCCAUUACUGCGUUCUUCAUCAGUCCUGCCGCUGCUAUUGGUAGCGCCGUGGUGGCUGAGACUUUCUUCAAAAAGGAUCGCGCGCGUUGCAUGGGUGUCUGGACGCUGCUGGUCACGCUGGGUGUGCCCUCGGCGCCGUUUAUUUUUGGAUUUGCCGCGCAGCGUGUCGGAUACCGCUGGAUCUACUGGGCUCUUGCCAUCUGCAACGGUGUACAGUUCUUCCUUUACCUCAUCCUCGGCCCGGAGUCGCUGUACGUCCGCAAGGAGAACGGCGCCCACAAUGUGUCCAGCGUCAAGGAGUCAAUGUUCAAGUUCGGUCGUAUUGACCCGGCCCCUCUCCGAUUCUGGGACUUCAUCCAGCCGCUCAGCUAUUUCGCGAAGCCCUGCGUGUUUAUCCCGGCCGCGGCCUACGCCAUGAUUUUCCUGUGGGGCAGCGUGAUGAUCACUAUUGAGAUCCCACAGCUCUUCCCCGAGAUGUACGGGCUGGACACGCAGCAGGUUGGUCUGACCUUCCUGGGGGUGAUCAUUGGGUCGGUGAUUGGCGAGCAGAUUGGCGGGUUCAUCUCGGACCGGUGGAUGUCGAUGCGUCGCAAGCGCAUCGGCCAACCCCCGAAGCCAGAAUUUCGCUUAUGGUUGACCUAUAUCGGCUAUGUCCUGACUAUCGUUGGUAUUGUGGUCUUCUGUAUCCAGCUGCGUGACUCGGGUCCUAAAUGGAAUGUCACGCCGAUUAUCGGCACGGCUGUUGCUGCUGCUGGUAACCAGAUCGUCACGACCAUCAAUAUCACCUAUGCGGUCGACUGCUACCGUGAAGACGCUGCCAGUGUGGGUGUUUUCAUCACCUUUGUGAGACAGAUGUGGGGAUUUAUUGGUCCAUUCUGGUUCCCUCAGAUGUUUGCCAACGCCGGCUGGGCCGGUGGUGCUGGCAUUGCCACGGCCCUGAUGGUGGGCAUCAGUGUUAUUCCGACCAUGGUGGUGCACUGGUGCGGGCCGAAGUGGCGUUGA